UUUUAGCUUCUUCACCCUCGCUCUUGCGGCGUCUGACACCUCCUAAACCAGUAAUCGACGGUCGGCGGCGACGCUCUUCUUCGUUUGUAAAGCUCGGCGGCCGAUGAAAUUUUCCUUGACGGAGGUCGAAGUUCGCCGAUUUCUGAUUUUCCGGAAUUGUCCGGUGAAUAAGACUGCGGUUUUUACUGGUAGACAAUAUAAUAUUAUACACUUUGAAACGUCAACAAAGAGCCCAGAAUCCCUAAAUGUCUCUUAGAAAACCACCACUGCCUCGGCUUCUUCUCGACAAUGUGUCUUGUAUGAGGAAUGCCCAGCAAAUCCUAAGACACGUUAAUGUGUCAAUCCAUGAUGGUGGAUCACUAGUUCUUACAGGCACAAAUGGAUCAGGCAAAACAACCUUCCUUCGAAUGUUAGCUGGAUUUUCCAGGCCUUCUGCCGGACAGAUCCUUUGGAAUGGUCAUGACAUCACGCAGUCGGGAAUUUUCCAUCAGUACAAGCUUCAGCUCAACUGGCUCUCCCUCAAAGAUGCCAUUAAGGACAAGUUCACAGUCCUUGACAAUGUUCAGUGGUUUGAAGUUCUCGAAGGCAAGCAAGGGAAGUCUUUACCUGCUUUGGAGCUGAUGGGGCUUGGCAGAUUGGCGAAAGAGAAGGCCAGGAUGCUUUCGAUGGGCCAGCGGAAAAGGGUGCAGCUUGCAAGGUUGCUGGCAAUUGAAAGGCCAAUUUGGUUGCUUGAUGAGCCUUCAGUUGCAUUGGAUGAUGAUGGGGUGAAGUUGCUGGAGUAUAUUAUUGCAGAGCACAGAAAGAAGGGUGGGAUUGUGAUUGUAGCAACACAUAUGCCAAUUCAGAUUGAAGAUGCUAUGUAUUUGAGGCUUCCCCCAAGGUUCCCUAGAAGAUUGACUUUAGUAGACAUGCUUGAUCGUAAGGACUUCUAAUCCUUCCACUUUUCUUUCGAUUUUUAGUUUUUAUUUUUCCCCUCAAACUUGGGGAAAAAAUAAAAUGCUCCAAUAUAUUUUUCUUCACUUUUCUUUUUCCAAUCUUUGCCAUGCUUGAGCUUUGGCUAAUUACUGUAUCAUCGUUUAACUGGUGUAACUUCAUAGAUAAAUCACACUCGUGUACCAUGCAACUAAUGACUUUUAAGCUAGAUGAGGGGCUUUUGGGAAAAUGGAGUUCUUUUUGUAGUUUUUCGUUUAUUU